AUGGAGCGCUUCACCUUCUGGAGCGUUUUGCUGGCGUGCUGCGCCCACAUCCGAGCGGCGGAGCCGGGCGCUGCGCCCUCGUGCCCGGCGCAGUGUCACUGCGAGCAGGACGGCAUCGUGCUGUCGGUGGAUUGCUCCGAGCUGGGGCUGCCCGAGGUGCCCUCCGCCCUGAGCCCGCUGACCGCCUACCUGGAUCUGAGCAUGAACAACAUCAGCCAGCUGCAGCCCAGAGCCUUCGGCCGCCUGCAAUUCCUGGAGGAGCUACGCCUCUCUGGAAACCAGAUCUCCAGUAUCCCAGGGGAAGCUUUCUCUGGCCUCUACAGCCUGAAGAUUCUGAUGCUGCAGAACAAUCAGCUGAGCCGCAUCCCUGCAGAGGCACUGAGAGAUCUUCCAAACCUCCAAUCUCUACGCCUGGAUGCCAACCUCAUCUCCGUGGUGCCCGAGGGGAGCUUUGAGGGGCUGCAGUCCCUGCGGCACCUCUGGCUGGACGACAACGCGCUGACGGAGAUCCCGGUCCGAGCUCUGAACCGCCUCCCAGCACUGCAGGCCAUGACGCUGGCGCUCAACCAGAUCUGGCACAUCCCCGAUUUCGCCUUCCAGAACCUCAGCAGCCUCGUGGUGCUGCACCUUCACAACAACCGCAUCCAGCGCCUGGGGGCGAAAGGCUUUGAUGGGCUGCACAACCUGGAGACGCUGGAUCUCAAUUACAACGAGCUGCUGGAAUUCCCAGGGGCCAUUCGGACGCUGGGCCGACUGCAGGAGCUCGGUUUUCAUAACAACAACAUCAAAGCCAUCCCAGAGAACGCAUUUGUUGGGAAUCCCCUUCUCCAAACAAUCCAUUUUUAUGACAACCCCAUCCAGUUUGUUGGACAGUCUGCCUUCCAGUACUUGCCAAAGCUACACACUCUGUCUCUCAACGGUGCAACGGACAUCAGAGAAUUCCCAGACCUAAAAGGCACCACCAGCCUAGAAGUUUUGACGCUGACCCACGCAGGCAUCUGCCUCCUCCCCAGAGCCGUGUGCCAGCAGCUGCCCAACCUGCGCGUCCUAGAGCUGUCACACAACAAGAUCGAAGACCUGCCCAGCUUCCACCGGUGCCAGCGGCUGGAGGAGCUGGGUCUCCAGCACAACAGAAUCCACGAAAUCAGAGCGGACACCUUUGUGCAGCUGACAGCCCUGCGCUCCAUAGACCUGAGCUGGAAUGACAUCCACUUCAUUCACCCCGACGCCUUCGUGACGCUGCGCUCGCUCACCAAGCUGGAUCUGUCAGACAACCGGCUGGCAGUGCUGCCGCUGGGUGGAUUGGGCAGCUUGACCCACCUGAAGCUGCAGGGCAACCCAGCACUCUCUGAGCCCUUUGCCGAGGACAGCUUUCCCAAAUUAAGAGUCCUCGAGGUACCUUACGCCUACCAGUGCUGCGCCUAUGGAAGCUGCAGUGGGUUCUUCAGAGCAUCCAACCAGUGGGAAGCAGGAGGCGCGAGCCCUGAGGAUGAAGAUCCCCACAGGAGGGCCCUGGAGCUCUUCCCAGGUCACGCAGACAACCACUAUGACCUCGAGGCAGACGAGCUCCAGCUGGACCUUGAGGACUCAAAGCUGCACCCCUCUAUCCAGUGCACACCCAGCCCCGGCCCCUUCAAGCCUUGUGACCACUUGUUUGAGAGCUGGAUCAUUCGCCUGGGCGUCUGGGUCAUUGUUCUGGUCUCGGUGCUCUGCAAUGGGCUGGUGGUCCUGGCUGUCUUCGCCUCUCCCAGCUACCUCUCUCCAGUCAAGUUUGUCAUCGGCUCCAUAGCCGGAGCCAACACGCUGAGCGGCGUUUCCUGCAGCAUGCUGGCUCUCGUUGACGCCCUGACCUACGGCCACUUCGCGCAGUUCGGCGCCAGGUGGGAGAGCGGCACGGGCUGCAGGGUGACCGGCUUCCUGGCCGUGUUCUCCUCCGAAGCCGCCAUCUUCCUGCUGACACUGGCUGCAGUGCAGUGCAGCGUUUCGGUCUCCUGCGCGCGGGGCUGCAGGAAGGCACCCUCCCUUGGCAAGGUGAAGGCGGCGGCGCUCGGCUGCCUCUUGCUGUCCUUCGUGGCCGCAGUUCUGCCUCUCUUCUCCAUCGGGGAGUACGGAGCGUCCCCGCUGUGCCUCCCAUACCCCAUCCCGGGUGGGAAACCCGCCACCCUGGGCUUCACCGUGGCCUUGGCGAUGACGAACGUGCUCUGCUUCCUGAUGGUCACAGGCACCUACAUCCGACUGUACUGCAGCCUGCUGAAGGGCGAGUGCGGCGCUGUCUGGGACUGCGCCAUGGUCAAGCACGUGGCCUGGCUGAUCUUCACCAACUGCCUCCUCUACUGCCCGGUGGCCUUCCUCACCUUCUCUUCCACGCUCAACCUCUUCCUCAUCACCCCGGAGGUCAUCAAAUCAGUCCUCCUGGUGGUCCUGCCCCUGCCUGCCUGCCUGAACCCCGUGCUCUACCUGCUCUUCAACCCCCACUGCAGGGAUGACCUCCGCCUGCUGCGGCAGAAAGGCCGGGACAGGGGCGGCUGCCCCCAGCCCUGCGGGCUCGACGACGUGGAGAAAAUCUCCUACGACUCCACGCAGGCUCUGGUCAGCUUCUCUGACAUCGACCACAUAUUCGAGACGUCCGAUUCCCUGGGAGCGCACCCCAUCCUCGACAGCUACCGCUUCCCCUCCGCGACGCUCGUGCCCUGCCAGCAAAGGAUGGGCGCGGGGGGAAGGCAGCGGGGCUGCUCCGAGCUCUGCCCCUGCCUCAGUGACAGCGCCGUACUGACGGCUCCAGAGAGCGGGGAGCCGACAGCCCGCAGCCCCCGGGCCGCCUCCUGCCCCCCCCCGCCCUACGUCUCUCACGUAUAG